GUCUGCUCUCACACCCCUCCUUCUCCUGCCUCUACAUUUUCAGGCUGGAUGCUACAGCGGACGGUCCUAAUUACCUCUCAUCCCCAGUGGUUUGUGAAUAAUCACCGCUGAGAAGGCUUUGAAGGCUUGCUGAGGAGGAUGAAAAAUACGAAUGGUGCCAUUUUUCACGUCUUUGCCUCCUGAGGACGUAACCUGGUCACCGUGCCCUAAGAGAGAAGCGGACAGAACCAACGAUCCAGAUAACAAGACCGAGUCAUGCAGUCUUUUCGGGAAAGGUGUGGUUUCCACGGCAACCAGCAGAACUACCAACCAUCUUCACAGGAUUCCUCACGCCUGGAAAAUUACAGGCAUCAAAGUCAGCCUGGGCUCAACUGCGUGCGUCAGAGACAGAUGACCAAAGGCUACUAUACUCAGACGCCCUACCAAGGCUAUGAGAAUAAUUCUGGGGAAAAAUACCCCCGGGGCGACAAGCACAUUAACGUCCAGCAGCUGCAGGGCCGGGUCUCCUUUGCCAGUUUCCCUGAAGCCAAUGUGUACCCUGCACAGUAUUCCACGGAAGAUGGCCUGCAGACCUGGGGGCAGACUCCGGCUUUGAGUGGGGCAAAAUAUGAGGAAAAUGUGAUCAAAAAGACUCCUGCAGAAGGAAGGGGGUACCAGGACCCUUCUGGGCAAAUGUCAUUCCGUUCGCACGCUCUACACCACCCACAGCAGCCUAGUCUUACCUACCCCAAGCUCCCCAGGCAAAAAGUACAAAACGACAUCCCAUCGUCCCCUCUCCCCUUCCCCCAGUCUCCCCAUUUUAAUCAGAAUUUUCCCACUUCUACCUACUCUUCAGUGCCAGCAGGCAGCCCCAUCUCUCACACCUUCAAGAGCUGCACUGCCCCUUCUAACCCUUCACAGGAGCGCACCAUGGUUACUGCUGGCCAAAGGGUGCAAGCCAUGCAUGGUUACCAGGCACCUAGAAUGGGUUCCUAUGAACAAUCACAGCGGCAUCACACGCAGGAAUCUUUGCACUACCAGAACAUGGCAAAAUACCAUGGGCAACAUUAUAGCCAACAAGGCCAAGCAUACUGCCAGCCUGAAGCACCCAGUAGGACACCAGAACAGUAUUACCAACCAUUUAGUCCCAGCGCCAGCCAUUCCCCGGCCAGAUCAGUGGGUAGAUCCCCAUCUUACAGUUCUACACCAUCUCCUCUCAUGACAAACCUGGAAAACUUCCAGUAUAACCAGCAGCAGCAGCAUAAUCCUAAUACAUUUCCUAUGGGUAUUUCUGAUCACAGCCACUACAUGCCUCUUCUUAAUCCCUCACCCACAGGCACUUCAAGCCCAGAGUCACAGACUAAAAGCCUACAAAAUGACAAGAUCCCAGAGACUUUGCUUUCUGACCUCAGUCUGCAGAGCCUUACAGCCCUCACUUCCCAAGUGGAGAACAUCUCCAGUACUGUCCAACAGCUACUUCUGUCCAAGUCUGGUAUGCCCCAAAAGAAAGGGAUUAAAUCUUCUCCCCGGACCCCAGAGUCAAUGAAGACGCAACAUUGUAGCUCUGAAAGCAGUGCAUAUUCUUCUGAACCAAUGGGCACGCCUCUGUCCGAAACACUAGGAACGCCACAGUCUGUUCAUGCCGAAAUGCAAGAUACUGACUACCUUAGUGGCUCUGAGGACCAGCUGGAGAGAAACUACAUGUACUGUGGUCCAGGACGAAGCCCUGGGAGGGCCAACAGUACCAAAAUGAAACCUGAGUCUAUCUCCACCUGUUCUGUAACGUCACCUGAUAAUAUGUCUACAAAAUCUGAUGAUUCAUUUCAAAGUAUCCAUACUGGCCUUCCUCUAGAGACUUUUGCUAAGUUAGUGAGUAGCGAAAGGGAGUGUCCUCAUUUACUGGUUAAUGCCCUAUCCCAAGAGGAGUUAUCUUCUGAGAUCAUUGCUCUUCAAGAUGCUAUAGAUAAUGAGAAAGCAGAGAAGGCCUGGGCUGAUUCCCCAGAAUUAAACAGUUCACAGAAAUCUCCAUUUAACCUGGAAAAUCACAGGUGUGUAGAGUCUGUCGUUAAGAAUACCUGGUCAGGCCAGGGGGCUCCACAAGUAAUCCCGGCUCCUCUGAAGAAAGUUAUGCCAGAUAAAACGCAGAUGAAGAAUGACAGCGAGUUCAAUGAACUUACAACAGUGCAAACAAAACUUGCAGACACCCCUGAAAAAUCUGUCAAUUUGAAUACCGAAAAAAACAUUGAGAACGCAACGUCUAGCUCAAGCUAUGUCAUUUACUCAAAUACUUUGGCCAACACAACCCCAAAGUGUUCUGAUCCCUUUGAAUGGCCAGAUAAGAACAUGUCAGAGUCUUGUCUCAGGUGGAAAGAAAUUGAGCUGACACUUCAUUCAGAUCUCCAGAAGGGCUUGUUUCAAAACAAGGAGAAUAAAGUCGAUAGCCAGCUUGAUGUUCCCGAUGUGGAAACACCUCUGGAAAAUGAUUCUGGAGAAGAGUUUAACAAAGAAGGGGCAGAAGAGUUGACCUACACAGAUGAUGGCAAAACUGACCAUGAGAGGUGGUUGGAGGAUACCAGAGAUUGUUACACCGAAGAUGAAUUUCAAGACAUCCCUGAUCUCCCAUCCCAAAAAGAAUCCAACUUGGAGCCAGAAGACUAUUCUUCUUUAUGCGACUUUUCGGAAAGAAAGUCUCUCAUAGAUGAUGAAUCCCUCCCAAAGGAGGUGAGGGAUUCUGAAGCCUUAUCUUCCAUCAAUACACCCGAGUCUAUUGAAAACCCAAUCAACGAGGAGAAAGAGACUUCAGUUGAAUCUUCCCAGCUGUCAAACAGCUCAAUCAUGUUGCUCGGUCCAACUGUUGAGACAGAGUCCAAAGUAAACAGCUGGUUUGAAACUACGUUGCCACACAUCAAAGCAGUGGAGGACACAAAGGAGAGCAACAAAGAGACUGUGGAAGUCUGCAAUGGAAGUCAGUCGGAGGUAAUAGAAGCUGAAAAAGUAGAAGCCUCAAUCCUGCCAGAGGAAGCAGUAAUGGUUGACCAUCAAGCAACGAACGAACAGCCAACCCUCAAGGAUGAAGAACCACUUGUGAAGAAACCUCAACGUGGUCGAAGGUGCAAAGCAGCAGAAACAAAGGUAGCCGAAAUGUCUGUGCAGAAACCAUCUGAAAGUAGUGACAAAGGUGGGAACCAAGAUGAGAUCAUUCAGACACAAAGUCUAAAUGUCACAACAGCAGUUCAAGUUGACAAGGCUCCCGUGAAAGGAUCUACACCAGCAAGGAUGUGCACUCGUUCCUCCACAGCCAAAGUGGAAUUGCAAGAAUGUGACACAGGGUUACCCUUGAAGGCACCACAUCAUGAAAAAUGUAGUAAAAGAGGAGCAUUCGGGGAAAAAGAGAGGGCCCCUUAUAAAACUGGAAGGAGAGGUGGGAAAAAUGGGAAAAUAAUGCCGACACCGACUGACCAGGAAACACCGGCACUGCAAAAUAAACAGCCUUCUGUUCUCGGUGCUGGUCCGAAAUCGAAAAAAAUGAGCAUCCUAAAGGAUGAACAGUCCAUGAUUUUGAGGUCUCGUAACAAGAAGCAGGAGUUAUUUCCAGCCAAAAGACGAAGAGGGAAAAGAGGUAUCAAUUUUGUGCUCAAGAAACGUACAUCUUUAAAGAAGAUUAUAACCAACAACUGUGCAGCCGCUGACACAUUUCCAAUAAUGCCGAAAAUAAGGAAAAGGAUGAAACUUGCAACCUCAGGCGUCGGAAUAACCGUGAAGAACCCAGAGCGGCCUUUGCAUUCUCUGAAGAGGAAAUCGAGCUUCAUUUCACCUGUCCCAGCCAAAAAGAAAAACUUGAUUAUACGCAGCAAAAAGACAGGAAAGGAACAAAAGUCGGAGAACCCUCCCAAUUUAUUCAAAAAAAUGAAGCCCGUCAAAAAGGAAAAAGUCAAGUUAAAGCUUGCUUCCAAGAAAGCUUGCAAAGUCAUCCUAAGUUCGCCUUCCAUCAGAAUGGCGCCUGAAGUUUGCCUAAAAAUGACUUCACGGUCAUCUUAUCACGGAGCUAUAAAAACAAAGGUUUUGCCACCCAGAAAAGGCAGAGGACUGAAAAUGGAGGCAAUAGUACAAAAGAUUACAUCCCCAAACCAGAAGAAACAAGGAGGGGCUGUUAAUGCUGGGGUAGUUAUUAACAAUACUUUGAUCCUUCCUUGUCAAGACAAAGAGCUGAGAGAUAAUAGUUUAGUGAUAGCAGAUUCCGAAGCCAAGUUGUUGACUCAGGAUAUGGUACAAAUUGUAUCCCCCAAGUCAGAAGCUGAAAUGCACACUGUUGGCUGCCGAGGUGGCAAUAGGUCCUUCAAAGGUAAAUCUUACCACAAGAAAAAACUGACUUCAAAUUCUCUGCAUGGAGAACGGCCAGUGGCAAAACCAGAGAGGAACUGCAUAGGUUCCAAAAAACUAAAUGCAGUCGCUAAAACAAAGCUCAGGAGAGGUCGGUCGAAAAGUUCUCAGAGCACUUCCAAAACGGCUGUCAAAAAACUACUAGCAGCGGCUUCUUCGGUGCUUCUGACUUCAAAAGACAAGUCCUUGUCGGGAAAAAAAUCUUUGCUAGCCAAUAAAUAUCGACCCAAGGAGUGCAAAAAGUUGGCAGUCGGGGAGGGCUCCGCUAUUCCUGAGGCAGCUAAAGAGGCCUUGACACAAACAAGGGCCAGAAAAAAAGCAAAGCAUCCAACCUUUAAUGGCUACAACAAAAGGCAACGCAAGUGUGCUUCUCAAAACAAGUCCACAAGUCAAACUCCUGGGAGCAAGAGAAGAGGAAAGAGACAUAACAUACCUCCCAUUACACCUAAGGAACCUGAAAUCAAGCUGAAGUAUGUAUCGGCCAAACCGGUAAGAGCAGAAAAUCGAGUCCGACUCUUCACACCGUACAUUCAGGUGGAGAAAAAAAAUAAGUUUAAAACCACCUGCACUGUAAUAAAUACUGCGGGGGAAGAGACUCGGUUACUGAAGGAGAGAAGCGCAGCUCACUCGGUGUCUCAAUCUGUCACAUUUGCCAACCAAGGCAGCCUGCCCUCUUCCUCCCGGAUGCAGCUGGGACCUUUAGUGUGCAAAUCGGUCAGCUCUGGCUGUCUCCUUUGCUGCUUGUGCCGCUGCCCCGCCAAUUAUAAAGACUUGGGCGACCUGUGUGGGCCUUACUAUCCCAUGGACUGUUUGCCUAACAAGAAAUCCAGGCAGAAAGAAAAACUGAAACCAGAGGACACAGACAAACCUCCCAAGCCCGUGGAUUCUCUCUGCGCUGGAGGUGGCGUGAAGCCGUCUUGUACGGACGCUGCAGCCGUUGACGUAGUCAAACCGACUGCGGUGCGCUCCAGUGCCCGUGGAAUGCUCAGGAAGUUGCCCAGCUGUUACUGCUGCAACAAAAAGUUGGAGACGCCAGAGACUGAGAAACCCAAGAGACAUCAGUGUGGCAAAUUGGCCGAGGCGCACUCUGCAGAGCCAGAAACGCAAGAGCACUGGGUGCACGAGGCCUGUGCAGUGUGGACCAGCGGCGUUUACCUGGUAGCUGGGAAACUGUACGGCAUCCAUGAAGCCAUUCAGAUGGCAGCUUCAGGGCUGUGUCCCAAGUGUCAGAAGCCGGGGGCCACCGUGGGCUGCAGCCACAAGGGUUGUGUCCAGUCCUACCACUACACGUGUGCCAUGGAGGCAGGUUGCUUAUUAAGUGAAGAGAACUUCUCGUUACGAUGUCCCAAACACAAGAGGCACCUGGUGUAACCGUCCUAGAAGCUGACAUCACUUUCAUCACACCCGCGACCUUUUAUUCACUCCUCCACAGUCACCGCGUCCAGCAGGAGGGAAGGAGCUGUUCACCGUCAUUGUAUUCGCAGAGGAGUCAGGCUCUGCGGCGCCCAUGUGUGGACAGGGAAGGAAUAGCA